CAGACACCAGACACACAGCAGGACCACCAUGACGCAGCCUCCAAGUUACCUGGUACAUUUUGCCAAUGAUAAUAAUGUAUGAAGUCAUCCACCACCACAAUUCCACUCUCCUCAAUCACGAGUCUGCCAGGAAAUAUGUUCAUCUGAUCAACUAUUCCGUGAGUGUGUUUUCUCCAGAUCUUCAACUUUUUGAGGUCAGCCACCUUGCUGCGUCACAAGGCAUACCAGCCAUCGACAUAUCGACAUCAAGAUCGUGAUUAUCGCAACAUCAUUCAAGCGGUGCCACCAGGCCUCGACGGUAAUCCUGCGUGACAUGUUUCCGCGCUUGAUCCCGUCACUACCACCAGCCGCGUAACGAGAACGAUAAUCUGCAUCUUAGGUCGAUCAGACCCAAUUGUACCAUACAAACCUUGCAGAUCGUUCUCCUUACCUGACUUUCCCCAGUCAGCCUUGUCCUGCAGCAUUCUUUAUUCGAGCAGAAACCACAUUCAUAUCUCUCCUGCCUCCCUCACCAUCACUGGAACCCUCCCUCCUCCCCACGACAUUCCUCCUCAGAGCCAUGUCGACAACAACAUUACCCUCCCGACCACCGCCAACGACGACCUCGCUGAGCAAUGGCAGCGUCAAGUUACCCGGCACUCAGGAUGACGCGGCCACCAGCAAGACCUCAUUGCCUCCACCAGGGCAUCUGCUGACAGGGAAGCAAGAGCAUUACCUGAAACGCGAACUCAUUGCUUCUCAAGUUCAUAGCGAGAUCUCUGAACUCAACAGUCCCACCGCUUUACAACGCUUUGGUGCCCCCUUCCGUUCGGAAUUUGGAGAGAUAUCACCCAUGGACUCAGAAUUGCCCAUUCUCCGUCACAUUUUUGUUAAUCAUGUCCGCAAAUUCCCCUUCCUCAACCAGGCAAAAGAGAAGGAAUUCUGGCAGGACAAGUUGCAAGUCUUUCUCGAGUCUUUCGCGAGCAAAUACAUCUCCUCCUCUGAAGAUCGCCUGGAAGAGACUAAAAGAAGGAAGCUGGCCAAGAAAUGUGAGAAGUUGAUCGAACUGAUGAUGGUUUCGGGUAUUCCCACUGCCUCGGGCUAUGAAGAGAGAAUUCGCUUUUCUGAAAUGGAGGUGGUGGAGCGAGGUGCCAAUGAACAAGGCCUGGUCGUCAAUCAGCCAGAGGGCAAUUUCAUUCAUGGUUGGGACGUCAAUGUCGCCGCCGUAAGGAUGACCUCGGUCAAACGCACCGUCCGAUAUCACCAACACGCCGAGUUCUUGAUCAGAGUCAAGCGAGAGAACCAGCCCGAGCACUAUGUAGGUCGCCGUUAUGGAGAAUUUGCCAGACUGCAAAAGAGACUCCGGACAGAGAUGCCUGGCAAAGUUCUCCCUCCUCUUCCUCGAAAAAACAAGUCUGCAACCGCCACAAUUCUCGGGUCAGGUGCCGAUGACGAUGCUUCCUCAGUCUCCUCGGUGUCUACUCAGGCGAGUCUAGACGACACUAGCUCUUCGAGAGCAAUGCUGUCUGCUCACCGUCGCCUCAAAUCUGGCAAUUCGUUGAGUGUCGGAUCUGGCACAGGCUCGCCUAGGGGGCGUGCCUCUCCCCGGGUCAGUCUGUCUCGAGACCGGAGUGUCAGCCCUCAACCCAUCAGGCUACACCGCGAAAACCAGCGUGUGUCCCUGAGGGCCUUUCUCCGCACCUUGUUGCAGAAUCCCCAGAUCGCCGGAUCCAAGUCGAUGAACGAAUUCCUGACCCUUCAACCGGUCAAACUUAACGAGGAGGAACUCGAGGACGUUGACCGACGGAAAGAGAUGGACGAACGACGUCUGGAAGAGCAACGACGCUUCUACGACAUUGCCCGUCAGCGAGCCGCCGAGCUUGACACCUACAUGGAGCAGUUCCGGCGAAACAUAGUCGAAAGCAACGGUCUCACCAAGCUUUUUGCAGAGAUCCGCAGCAAGGAGCGUUUGGACGACCUCAGUCCCGAGUACCAGAAAUUCGCCGAAUGGCUCCGCAUCGAAGUCGCCGCCACCAUAUACCAUCUUUUCCUUGCCGAAGAUAACUCGCCUGAACUGUUCGCCCAAGCCAAGCGCAUACAUUCUCUCGUGCCAUACACGGUCCUCAAGAAUGUCAUUCGAAUUUCCAACCCUGCCGCUGUCAUGUCCGGCGUUCUCGACUUGUUCCUGGCCCAGCCAUUUGGAGCUCGCUCGCUACUGCAGAGAAUCUUUGCGCAAACUCUCAGCGAUGGCAUCCGUCAAUUCCAAAGAUCCAUUGAUGAUCUUGUUGCCAGGGUUGGAGACUCUGUCCUUACCAACAAGCUGAAAGAUUUUGUAAACAGCGACGAGGAGACCAAGCUCUUGCUUCGUGCCGAGGCAGAGAAUGAGCAGGUCGACUUGGUUGUGGCAAUCCUGCGGUCGGAAAAGUUCCAGCCCGACUUGACGUCUACUCAGAUCCAGCGCGUGUUCAACGCUUACGUAGCGUGGAACAGCGCCGUGGAGAACGCAGACGAGGAACUCAAGCAAGGCGCAGAGAUGUUUUCGCAAUUGAAACAACUUUUAAAGCUGAUGACUCGACAACGGGAUAAGGAUAUGAUGGCUAAGAUGAUCGAGGAACCGACCACGCUCCAACUUUUCCGGGAUCUCUUUACCAUCUUCUACGAGCCCUUGAUUCGAGUCUACAAGUCAGCCAACGUGUACAACAGUAUCACAGACUUUGCACAAUUUGCCGAGGACGCGAUCAAGACUGUGGAGACGGCGCAGCGGCAAGACGUGUCGGCAGAUCCCAACCAGACUGUCCAAAGUUUCAUCGACCUGUGUGCACGCCACGAACACAACCUGUACAAGUUCAUUCAUGAAGUCCACAUCCACGACAACGGUCUCUUCACUGCGCUGAUGGGCUGGAUCGAGGAUAUUUUGGACUUUUUGAGAAAAGGACCAAAGGGGGGCAAGCUCGACAUGAACGCGAUAUUUCAAGGUGCGCUGGAUAUGGGGACGAUUGAUAAGGAGAAGGCCAUUAGUGAGAUCAAUGCGUUGAUCCAGUGGCAGGAAGCGCGUAAGAAGUGGCACAGCGAUAAGACACGGCAGAAAAUGGCAGCCGAAGGAUCGACCAGCUCCGCUGAUGGUAUGCCUGGGCUGUCGUCGUUCAGAAGCAGUGAUUUCGGAUUGCACGAAACGGAUCUUCUAGACCUUCAAAUUGAAGAGGACGAGGAUGAUGACGAAACUGACGAGGAAGAGGCGGAGGACGACCUCGACCCUAUUGGUGCCGAGCGUCGACGACGGAAGAAGGCUCAGGAUCGACUCCGCCGAACUGCGGGCGAACCGGUCAAGCCGGAUGUCAGCGAGGUGUUGAAACUCCGAGAAUCUUUCCUGGCCAUGCUCAGAGCCGUCCUUAGCGACUAAUGAAGAUAUAUGACCCGCAGCCGCAUCAGCCAGCAUGGAGGGAUGAUCGGCUCAUGAUCAUGAUGACGAUGAUGACGAAACAGGGCAAUGAUUUUGCAGGCCUUCAACUGAUAUCGCAUUGCUGCUCAACUGUCAUUGCGCACGGUUUUUGUCUGAGCAAGCAUGGUUGUGCAUAGAUAGUGCAUAGAUAGCAUCUCGCAA